AUGGGUAAGACUGGGCAGAGUACAGUGGAUUUAAAUUCCCCAACAGAGGUCAAACAAGCAGUUCCCUUUGAAGAAUUGGAUCACAUGGCGCCCCCUGCAGAAGAAAAGAAGAAACAGGAGGAGCCACCUGACAGGGGCAGCUGGAAGGGCAAGUUUGAUUUCCUGCUGUCGUGUGUGGGAUAUGCUAUCGGCUUAGGAAAUGUCUGGAGGUUCCCUUAUCUGUGUGGCAAGAAUGGUGGAGGGGCCUUCUUGAUCCCGUACUUUUUGACCCUGGUGUUUGCUGGGAUACCUCUCUUCUUCCUGGAGACAUCCCUGGGUCAGUUCACCUCAGUGGGAGGGCUUGGGGUGUGGAAGCUCAUCCCAAUGAUGAAAGGUGUUGGUCUGGCUGCAGUGGUGCUGUCCUUCUGGCUCAACAUCUACUAUAUUAUUAUUAUCGCCUGGGCACUCUACUAUUUAUUCAACUCCUUUGGUUCGGAGCUGCCUUGGCAAAGCUGUGAUAACCCCUGGAACACAGAAAAAUGCUUUUCCAACUACAGUCUGACAGACACCACAAACCUGACCAGCGCUGUCACUGAGUUCUGGGAGCGUAACAUGCACCAGAUGUCCAGUGGUCUGGAGGAGCCAGGAGAGCUACGAUGGCCCUUAGUGGGCACUCUGGCGCUGGCCUGGGUUCUCGUCUACUUCUCAAUCUGGAAAGGAGUGGAGUGGACGGGGAAGGUGGUGUAUUUCUCAGCCACCUAUCCCUACUUCAUGCUGUUCAUCUUGUUCUUCCGAGGGGUCACUCUGCCAGGGGCCAUAGAUGGGAUCCUCUUCUACAUAACACCAGACUUCAAUAAGCUCACCCGAUCUGAGGUGUGGCUGGACGCAGCAACUCAAAUCUUCUUUUCCUAUGGGCUGGGCCUGGGCUCGCUCAUCGCACUGGGAAGCUACAACUCUUACAACAAUGAUGUGUACAAGGACUCCAUCAUAGUGUGCUGCAUCAACUCCUGUACCAGCAUGUUUGCUGGCUUUGUCAUCUUUUCCAUUGUAGGCUUCAUGUCCUAUAUCACUAAGAAACCUGUUCAGGAAUUAGCAGCAUCAGGUCCAGGUCUGGCAUUUUUAGCUUAUCCCCAAGCUGUCACCCAGCUUCCCAUGUCCUCUCUAUGGGCCAUCCUAUUCUUCUCCAUGCUUAUGAUGUUAGGCUUGGACAGUCAGUUCUGCACCGUGGAAGGCUUCAUCACUGCUUUGAUGGAUGAGUAUCCACUGCUGCUGAGAAAGAGGAAGAAGAUCUUCAUCCUCAUUGUGUGCUUCAUCUCCUUCAUCAUUGGCUUCUCCAACAUCACACAGGGUGGUCUAUACGUGUUUAAGCUGUUUGAUUACUACUCUGCCAGUGGGAUGUGUCUCCUCUACCUCGUCUUCUUCGAAACUGUUUCCAUAUCCUGGCUUUAUGGAGCUGAAAGGUUUUAUCAGAACAUUGAGGACAUGAUCGGCUAUCGACCAUGCGGCUGGUGGAAGCUUUGUUGGAUGUUUUUCACUCCGCUGAUCUGCCUGGGGGUGUUUACCUUCAGUGCCAUUGAGAUGACACCUCUGAGCUUGGGGAAGUACGUGUACCCAUUGUGGGGCCAAGUGAUUGGCUGGUUCAUGGCUUUGUCUUCCAUGAUACUGAUCCCUGGUUACGUCAUCUACAUGUUCUGCACCAGCAAGGGAAGCAUCAAGCAGCGUUGGCGGAGGAUGACUACUUCCCAGCAGGAUCAAAGGCCAUCAGGGAAUGAAGAAUUUACACACAGAGGGAGUGUGGGCGAAGCUCCUGUCUAGCCAGGAUUGCCCUGGGUCAAAUAAUAUGACUGCCAUUUCCCCCUGUCAGCCAGGACUUAGUCUACAUUGGAAUCUGAAACUUGGACAGAUGGAAUGUUGUACAGUAUUUUAAUAUGAUGUUUUCCUGCUGAAAAAUCAGGAGCAUAAAGGGAAAAAAAUGAAGAAUCUCUUUUGAUAUAUUUAGAAGUAAAAAGAGUGAGCUCUGACCACAAAUGUAAUGCUUUAAAUCAGCAUUGAGCCUCUGUAAAUUGCAGUAUUCCAUAUGUAUGACUGUUAAUCUUCAUCCUACUUUUAAAUUUUUUUUUUAAUGCAAUCAAUGACAUUGCAUGGAGACAUCAAAUAAUCUGGUGAAACUUGAUUUUAAGCAUAAAACUAAAAUGCAUUAGAUAUUAAUUUCUUAUGGUGCAACUUAAAAAACAAACAAACAAAUGAUCAAAUCAGCCACUGUGAUAUUUUUGUCCAGAUAGCAGUACAGUAAAUAUCUUUUACCUUAAAAAAUGUCUGUAUAUGUAAAUAUGUGGGUCACACUGUUAUACUUGUUGUCUUUGCUGAUCCAGACUGACAUAAAUAAAACUAAAAGAAAAUAUUCGUAACUGUAAUGAAUAAUUUGAUGAAAGCUGUACAGUAAAUUUACCAUAAAUAAUUUCUCGUUUAACUCAGUUUUGUGGUGAUUAUCAGAAACAUUAGUUUUUAUGGCAACACAUUUGAUUAAAAUAUUAUAUUAGACUGUAAAUAAACUGGUACUGUGUCACUAUAUUAUGUUUUUUAAAUUAAGUAAGUGUUUUUUAAAUAGAGGAUGAUGAGAAAGUCAGU